GAGAAACUUCUUUUUUCUUUAAUGGGUUUUUGCUCAAUGCCCGGAAUAUUAAUUAAAGCAUUUUCCUUUUCUGCUAAAUCUUGCUUUGCUCUUUAAGCUCUUGUCAUUGUUCUUAAUUGUCCUCUCCAGAUUUUUUUUUUCUCCUGGAAAUUAUUUGGUCUUUGUGGUGACUAUAUUCAGUGAGCUAGAAUUUGUAGAAAUCUUUGAGCUAGGAGAAAAAAGAAUGAGACUUUACUUAUCUUCAGCUAUGCAGCUUACUCUUGUGAGUCUUGUUUUAGGGUUCCUCUUUGUUUCUUGUGACGCUUUUGCCUCUAAAGAAGUUGAAGCACUUAGUAGAUUCAAGGAAGCUAUCUAUAAGGACCCAUUGUUAGUUAUGUCUAAUUGGAAUGUCCCCAAUUUAAGUCCUUGUGAUUGGAACGGCAUUAAAUGUUCUCCAUCUAAGGAUCAUGUUAUCAAGAUAAAUAUAUCGGCGAAGUCGAUGAGAGGAUUUCUUGUGGCAGAAAUUGGUCAGAUAACCUACUUGCAAGAACUGAUCCUGCGUGGGAACUUUCUGAUGGGGACAAUACCAAAGGAGAUAGGAAAGUUAAAGAAACUCAAGAUCUUAGACCUGGGAAACAAUCAUUUGACAGGACACAUUCCAGCCGAGAUCGGGAAAUUGUCAAGCAUUAGGACAAUAAACCUUCAGUCCAAUGGUUUAACAGGAAAGUUACCUCCAGAGAUUGGAAACUUGAAGCACCUUAAAGAACUUAUUAUUAACAGGAAUAGGCUUCAAGGAAGUAUUCCUAUCGCCGCAAAUACAUCAAAAAUGUAUGCUUCAAAUUCAAGUGCAAACAUCAGUGGUUUGUGCAAGUCUUCUCUAUUAAAAGUGGCAGAUUUCUCUUACAACUUUUUCGAGGGAAGAGUUCCGAGUUGCUUGGAUUACCUUCCAAGAACGAGCUUUCAAGGAAACUGCAUGAAAACCAUGGAUGUUAAGCAGAGACCUCUUUCAGAAUGUGCUCACUUAGAUGCAACUGUGGCCAAGAAGAAGCAUCGCUCAUCACCUAUAUGGCUUCGGAAUUUUGAGAUAGUCACGGGAUCAUCAGUUGGUUUGCUCUUUCUAGUUAUAAUUUUCUCUGCAUGUAGCUUGUGCAACAUAAAGCGCUCUCUCAUCGUUCCCUGGAAGAAAUCUGCAAAUGAAAAGGAGAAGUUCACGGUCUACGUUGAUUCUGAAAUGCUGAAGGAUGUUUCAAGAUAUACAAGACAAGAGCUAGAAGUGGCGUGUGAAGACUUCAGCAACAUCAUUGAUUCUUGUGCAGAUAGUCAGAUUUACAAAGGAACGAUCAAAGGCGGGACUGAGAUCGCGGUGAUCUCUCUCUGCGUUAAAGAAGAAGAUUGGACUGGAUAUCUUGAGCUUAAUUUCCAGAGAGAGGUUGCGGAUUUGGCUAGAUUAAACCAUGAGAAUGCGGGGAAAUUACUGGGAUACUGUAAAGAGAGUACACCGUUCACAAGAAUGCUUGUGUUUGAGUAUGCAUCAAACGGGACACUAUACGACCAUCUCCACUAUGGGGACGGGAGUUUAGCAUCAUGGGCGAAACGCAUGAAAAUCGUUAUAGGCAUCGGACGUGGUCUCAAGUACCUUCAUACUGAACUCGAUCCUCCAUUUACAGUCUCUGAGUUGAGCUCAACUGCAGUGUAUCUCACUGAAGAUUUUACUCCCAAACUGGUUGAUUUCGAAUGCUGGAAGAAGAUUCAGGUGAGAUCAGAGAAGAACCUGAAGAAUAUCUGUAAUGAAGGAGCUAUAUGUGUACUUCCCAAUGCAAUGGAACACCGAGAUCUAGACUUACAAGGGAAUAUCUACUCAUUUGGCAUACUUUUGCUGGAAAUUGUAAGCGGAAGACCUUCUUAUUGCCAAGACAGAGGUUGCUUGGUUGAAUGGGUAAGGGAGAAAAACCUUGGUGUACCAGAUGUGAUGGCUAGCUUGGUGGAUCCUGAGCUCAAGCAUUUCAACCAAAAAGAACUUGAGGCAGUAUGUGAAGUGGCAAGCCAAUGUCUGAACUUGGACCAGAAUGAAAAAGACAAGGAUAAGUUUUCUUGUUCGAUUCAAGCGCUUUGUGAGACACUAGAGAGUAGAAUCACUGUGUCCAUUUCUGCAGAAUUCCAAUCGUCUUCUUUGGCAUGGGCCGAGCUCGCGCUAGCCUCGCCUUCUAACGAAGACGAAGAUGAAAGGCGUAAAUAAAUUGGCAAUGUAGUUAUGACAUUGACAUUAACUUGUUCCAACAUUUUGCUUCAAUUUUGCCUUAAGUUUUGAUAGUACCGACCUUGCCUUGGAUAAGUUAUCAGGUAUACAGUCGGUCUAUUGUUAAGACCAAUAAACUGGAGGUGUAAUCUUGUAUACCAAGUUCUUGAAGAAAUGAAAUUGUGUUGA